UGCCUUUCUGGUCUCCAUGGGAACCUACGCGGCUGGCUUAGGAAGAUGGCGGCUCUAGAGAGGUCGACGGGGGCCGCUCGGGAUCAGGACUCCAGGCUUCUGUGCUUCUAGAGGGACGCACCGCUACCGCUUGCCUUUCCCCCGCCGCCGGGAUGUUCGGGGACGGCGUGGCGUGCGGGGCCGAUGUGGAGUCGCUUUGGCGAAGAGACCAGGGGACCCGCUGCGAGGCGAAAAGCUGUCAGACUGGGGAGAUCUCAACCGUGGAGGCUGCAGCACAAUCCCAUUCCAGCCGAGAUGCUGGCAUGCAGACUGAUCAAAGUGAGGAGACUAUCCAAGACUUGGAUCUCCAGAAGGAAGCUCCUGUGGAUUAUGCUGGCCUGCUCUCGUUCCUUCAGGGAGUGGAGGAUGUUGUGAUCAAAGAGCUGAAUAAAAACUGGAUAAGUCAUGCCUUCGAUGGCUUUGAGGUGAACUGGGUAGAUCAGAAUGAAACGGUGUCCUGUUUGCAUAGCUUAUCGUACCCAGAGGCUCAGGAUCAGAAGUUGCAGGUGACCAGCAUCUCCUGGAAUGCCACUGGAUCAGUUGUUGCAUGUUCUUAUGGCAGACUGGAUGACGGGGACUGGAGCACAGAAAAAUCCUAUGUUUGUACCUGGAACCUGGACAGAAGGGGGUUAAAUCCAAAGUGUCCUGAUCUAGUAGUGGAUGUUCCCAGUUCUGUCAUGUGCCUGGCUUUCCAUCCAUCACAGCCUUCGCUGAUCAUUGGUGGCCUUUACAGUGGGGAGGUCUUGAUAUGGGACACGAGCAGGAUAGAAGACCCCUUGAUCUGGAGGACAGGGAUGACAGAUGACACUCAUACAGAUCCAGUUUAUCAGGUUGACUGGUUACAGGACUCAAAGCACAGUCACAACUUCCAGAUUCUGAGUGUAUCCACAGACGGAAAGAUCCUUGUGUGGCAGACACAGAGAAAUGGUCAGCUGACAUUAGUUGAAGGAUUCGCCUUAGUAGCUCAGCAGAUCCCUCGGAGUAUGAAACUUAAGAAGCGCACACGUGGGGAGACAGCUGUGGGUGUGACCUCGCUCUCUUUCUCCCACUUUGAUCCCAGUGUGUUUAUCAUUGGUGUGGAAGGUGGAUAUUCUCUCAAGUGCUCCACUGCGGUAGAGACCACUGCUGUCCCUAGGACAGGUAGCUCUGUUCCCCUCAAGGCACCUGCACAGUUUGCCUUUUCUCCUCAUGGUGGACCUGUGUACUGUGUAAGCUGCUCACCUUUCCACAGGAAUCUCUUUCUGAGUGGUGGUACUGAUGGACAUGUUCACUUGCACUCCAUGCUGCAGGCACAGCCCCUUAUUUCGCUCCAGUUAUCAAAGAAGUACCUGUUUAGUGUGCGCUGGUCUCCAGUACGACCCUUGGUCUUUGCAGCUGCCACUGGAGAAGGAGAAGUGCAGCUGUUUGAUUUUGGAAAGAGCUCCCAGAAGCCUGCAGUUUCUAUAAAGCAAGCUUCAGCUCCGACUCCUGUGUACUGCAUCGAGUUUAACAUCAAGCAACCUCAGCUUCUGGCAGCAGGGGAUGCCAGUGGGAUGCUGAAAAUAUGGCAGCUGAGUUCAGACUUUAUUCAACAGGGACCAAGAGAAAUGAAUCACCUUGAGCAGCUGGCAAAUGAAGUCACUGAUUGAGACACUAACAGGCCCGUGUUAUCUUGCUACAGCAGAGGGUUGUUACCCUUUCUACCCAAAACUGGUCUGUAAAACAGAUCCAUUACAUUUGUAAUGAAGAGCAAGGUAAGUCCUAGUCACUCCGACCAUCUUUACCUGAAGCUAUGUAAUGAGAGAUUCUACUGGGGUUUGAGUCACACUUGAAAUUGGUACUCAAGCAUCAAGAUGAUUAAACACCAGUUGAAAUUUUU